AUGAAGACGAGAGGCAAAACCGCCGCAAUGGCUAAAUUGGAGACGGCCCAAAGCCACUCCACCCACGGUCCUGGGAUCGACAUGGUGGCACCACUACCUCUCACCACCGCACCGGCCGCCGCAACCGAACAUGGUGGAACCUCCCAUCAAGGUGGGCUCGUUACUACCACCGACUUAGGCCCGGUCUUGGAGCAACUUCAAGCAUUCCUUCCAUUGCAUCCACGCUCGACGCACGCUCUCCCGUACACCUCCAAUGAAACCCUAGCCCGUGUGUAA